UGAAGAGAGUGAGGGGGCGGAACCCCGCUGAGCCUCUGCGCUGAAAGACAGCCAAUCGCUUCGUUCUCUUAACUGCCAGUCACCGAAAUCUGUCCAAUACCCGCAGUGCCAUUUCUAAACUCUAUUCCCCACUGUGUCCUCCAACUGUUGUAUGUUCUGCCAAUCGCUUGAGGACAGAGUGGGAAAAGGAGCAAGCAGAGUUAGAGGCAGGACAAAAGAAGUUCUAUAGACGGCCAUAUACAUAUAUUUUAAUAGUUUCAGAAGGCCCGUAGUUGGCGAAAACAAUAGCGUUGAGCGUGGACAUGUCAGCGUAGUGAUGGAGCCCCCUUUAAGCAAGAGGAAUUCGGCGAUAAGAUUAGCGGAUUUGGCAUCGACUCAAGCCCUUCCUCAUCAGAAUAUGACAGGCUUCCCGGGGAUAGGGGGGCAUCACCCGCACUCCCACCAUGCCCACCUCCACCCUGGGGAGAUGGGCAACGACCCCGGAGUGGCUCUCACUCCAUUUGGACCCGAGCACAUGGUACAGACCAAUGCUCUCAAACUUAGUCCCUCUCAGCCUGUUCAAAGCCAUCCCGAAGCCCAGACCGCGGCAUCUUUCACGUCUUCUCAGACCACAGUUGGUUUCCCCGUGGCUCACCCCCACACAGGCUACACCACCAGCAGGGACUUCAUCCUCAGGAGAGAGCUCUCAGCCUCUGCUAUGCAUGCACUUGGCGACCAGCAUAGUUCCGCCUCCUCCCCUCAUCACCAUGGCAUGUUCAUUUCCCCAACAGGUGCUUAUGGGCACGCGGAAGGUGGUGCCCAUCCACUUUUCUCUGGACUGCACGAGCAAGCGGCCCCAGGUGCCCACCACCACCAUCAUGCCCUCAACGGGCAGAUGCGUCUGGGUCUACCGGGGGACAUCUACGGCAGGCCAGAGCACUUCGGCCACAGGCCCGAGCACUAUGGAUCUUCUUCUCUGCACAGCUACAACUCCAUGAACUUAAAUGUGAACCUCGCCACAGCUCCUCACGGAGCGACGGGGGCGUUUUUGCGAUACAUGCGGCAGCCCAUCAAGCAAGAGCUCAUCUGCAAGUGGGUUGACCAGGAGCAGACGUCCAAGAAGCCCUGCUCCAAAACUUUCAGCACCAUGCACGAACUCGUCAACCAUGUCACGGUGGAGCACGUCGGGGGACCGGAGCAGAGCAGUCACGUCUGCUUCUGGGAAGAGUGUCCGCGCGAGGGAAAGGCGUUUAAAGCCAAGUACAAACUAAUCAAUCACAUCCGCGUGCACACGGGCGAGAAGCCGUUCCCGUGCCCCUUUCCCGGUUGUGGCAAAGUAUUCGCGCGCUCGGAAAAUCUCAAGAUUCACAAGAGGACACACACAGGUGAGAAGCCGUUCAAAUGUGAGUUUGAUGGCUGUGACAGGAAAUUCGCCAACAGCAGUGACAGGAAGAAGCACUCUCACGUCCACACGAGCGAUAAGCCUUACUUCUGUAAAGUGAGGGGCUGUGACAAGUCCUACACACACCCGAGCUCCCUGCGCAAACACAUGAAGGUUCACUGCAAGUCUCCUCCGCCCCCUUCCGCCAACACGGGCUCCUCUUACCAUCCCUCGUCCACGACGAUCGGUGAUGCCCUCUCACCAAACCUGGAGCCCCACAGGAACCGUUCGUCCAACCUUUCGCCUCAGGUGACCAACCUAAACGAAUGGUACGUGUGCCAAGGGAGUGCUGGACCAAACAAUCUACACACCCCCUCCAGUGAUGUGCCAACGUCGGAAUCCGACGACGAGGACGCUUUCAGACACACAGAUCCAAGAGCAAUGCUCUGAUGUGAACUGCAAGGAAUACAUUCAUUAUGAACGGUCCACAUGAAAAUAAAAAAGAAUAAAAAGAAAACAUCAAAUUCAAGAGUUGCAAUUCGAAGAAGUGGAACACCUAUGGAUGUCAGUGGUUGAAGAGAUUUUGCCCCCCGUUUUGCCCUUAAAAACAUGCUCAGAGCAAUGAUGCAAUUUAUGUUUCAUAUGAUAAGCAGUUGUAACUUGCCACAUGAAAAAUCGACUUGUACAUUUUUUUUUAAGAUUUUACCUGACUUGUCGAGAUCACAUAACAUGAGCUCAAAAUAUUUAACAAUUAUGUUUAGGCUGUUUUUUAAUAUCACACCCAUUUUGUUGCACAGAAAUCUUUUUAUACAGAAUCGUUUUACACGUUAAAUGUCUGAGGGGCAAAAAUUGCAGUGACAAUAAUUUUAAGUUUUUACUUGUAUAUUGUGAGUGUCCAAAAGUGAAUGGGUGGAGUCUUUGUUAAAGUUUAUACACUAACUGUGGUCAGGACGGUUUUUGUGAUAUUUAAAAUAUUUAAACCUAUAUUUUAUGCAAAAUCAAUGUAACUCUGAUUAAAGAGUAUGAGAUAAGUCCACUGAGACCCUAAAUAAUGUGUCGUUGACAGGCCAUCCCUGACUGAUUUGUAAAUAGUAUGUGGUAUUGAUGCUUGUGAAUGUUUUCGUAGCGUCUCAUCAAGUUUUUGUACAUUGUAAUUUAUUUGCUGGUAUUAGUGUUGGUCUGGGAGUACAGAUACACCAAAGAAUAAUAUAAUUUUGGUGAAACGAAGUGAUGCUUUUUAUCGUGUUCUGUAAAAAGGUCUUACUUGAAUAGGCUGUAUAUUGUGAAGAAUGUUUCGCAUGAACCGUGUAGUAACUCUUUCUGUUGAGGUGCAUGAUGGUGUUGAUGGGAGAAAAAAAAAACGUAAGAAGGUCGUGAAGUAAUGUGAUGUUUGUGUAUAGAUAUAUGGAAGACUUGAAUAAAAGGCAGGAGCUGUAAAUAUGGCCUUUUCAGUAAAAAAAAGGCAUUGGUUCAUUAUUUGAUCAGUGUGCGUAUUUCAUGCAAUCAAUCAAUCUUUUUUUAAUUUAAUU